AUGUUUCCUGAGUCGUGUAAGAGUCGAUCAAUAGGAUCAAUUAAUUAAUCUUGUCAUGAAUCUCAUCGUCAUAGACAACAUUUAAUCAACUCAUUUGGGUUUUUGUCUAAACAUGAAUCAAGAAAUUCAUAUUAUGAUAAGGAAGAUCAAUAGGAUUAAUUAUUAAAAAUCAAACAAGAGCUCAAUUAAUUAAGAUUAGAAAAUACCUAACUCAAGUCUUAGAAUAUAUAUUAUUAAAAAGAUCUUGAAAGCUUUCAUCAACAAUUGUCGGAUGAUGAAAUCUAAUUGAAAACAGUUCGAAACAAUUAGAGAUUCAAACAUUUGCUUAAAUUAUUGUAGUCUAAAGAAGUUGAGAUUGAGAAUCUAAAAAGAAAAUUGAAAAUGGAUGAGAUUACAAAUUAUUAACAACAAGUAUCUGAACUUUAAAAUAUGGUUGAACUCCAAAAAGAAAAAUUGCUAGGGAAUCAGAGAAAUAUAUUAGCCCCUUAAUUUGCUAUUCUCGAUGAAUUAGAAUAAGAUAAUAUUAAAUUAGUUGAAAUAGUCAAAGUGCUGGAAGAGAAGUUGAAGGAUUACGAUUAAUUGAAAAAACAUAUCAUAACACAACAAGUCAAAAUUUAAUAAUAGAAACAACUCAUUAAUGAAUUAUUAAAGGAAAUCAGAUAAUAUAAGGAACGAGACUUAUUAUUUGCUGUUAAGCACAAUCAAAAGAGUAAACAAGAUCAAUAAAUUAAAAAACUACUCUCAGAUAUUCACAAACUAAGUUAAAAGAGAUAAGAAGAUGAAGCAUAUAUCGAACAAUUAAUAGAUAGACAUAGAUAAGAAAUUAAAAAAUAUGAUCGAAGAAUUAUGGAGAAAGAUGAUGAAAUGCAAUUGCUAUAGGAGAGAUGUGAAUCACUGAGUAAGGCUCUAUAAGAAGAGUAGAUACAAAAAGCUAAACUUAAAAGGAAUGAGAAAUCCUCUUCGAUUGUCAAACCUUCCAUGUUUUCAUAACAUUAAAUUGCUGGCCGAGCUUCUGGAGACUAUUCCUUAAUUACUUCUUAAAGAUCGUUGAGUGGUGUUGGAAAAUCCAAAUACUCCAAAAUCAACAAGCAAGAUCUCUGUGAAAUAGUCAAAAUAAUCAAAUUUUCGAUGAUUAAUAAUAAAGUUCCUUUUGAUGAAUUAGAUACUUACUUGUUUAAAAAUCAAUUAGAAACUACUUUAGACGAACUUAAAGAUUCUCUUUAACAAUCAAUCUUUAAUUUAAAUAAGGAUCAGUCUUGUACUUUAGCAAAUUAUUUGUUUGAUUAAGAGGAUGAUAUUAAUUUCGAUAAGCCACAAAAUAACUCGAGAAUAAGAAGCAUUCUAAAAACGCUUUUAGAUAAUUUUCGAUUACCUAAUAACACAGUUUUUGAUGAAAUUAAAGCUAACUUAAAUGCUAAUAAUCUUGAAAUGGUUUGCAGUUAGCUUUAAUCUAAAUUUUAAAGUCCUCGAAAUAAACUCAAUGUUAAUGAUUUAUUUGAGCUUUUUAAGGAGAAUGACAUCAAAUUAUCAAAAGCAUCUCUUGAUUAUAUCGAAUCGUACUUUUUUAAAUUGAAUCAGCAAUUAUGCGUUUUUGAAAUAGAUUAAUUUAAGCAAUUAUUAGAUAGCCUUAAUAAUUGA